AUGAAUCUUACACAAUUCAUUUUGGUCUUAACUGUGUUUAUUCCAACAAUAGUUUAUUCACGACGACUUUCUUAUGAUGAAUUAGAGGGUGCAUUGGAAGAAUUUUAUCCACAAUCGCGUACAAUAAAUCAGCUAAAUUCUGAUUGCAAUUGGAUUACAUACGAUUUAGAUGCAACUGUCGGAGGCUACAAAGAUUCAUUGAGCUAUUCAUGCCCAAAAGUGACACUUGCUGCUCCUUUUUGUGUUCUUACUUGGUCUGAUGCCGUUGCUCUAUGUAAUAGUGAUCCAGAGUGUGACGGUUUGUCAUUAACACUUAAUCAUCAUUGGCAUGAUAUGAAUGAUAGAAAAGGCGAAACUACUGUAUAUUUAUACAGUACUACAUCAGAAGUCCUCACUGAUAAUAAACAUGGAAAAUGGUACACGUUCCCCAAAAAAUGUUGGAAAUAUGAUUCAUAG